AUGGACGAGCUGGUAGCUCAGGUGUUGCCUCCCGACAGCGUCACCAAGUUGCUGCGGGUAUUCUGCUUCCUGCGACAGCACGACCGCAAGACCCGCAUCGUGAAGAAGACGUCGGAGCUCAACGCGUGGCGAUCCUCACCACAGGCAACCAGCGAGGAACCAGACGGCGAUAGCGUGCCGACAAUGCACGAACUUCGCAGCGAGAUCAAGGAGCUGCAGAAGGGAGUCAUCACCGGCAGUACAUGUAGCGAUACGUCCGGGGUCAUCACCGCGGCGGACUUGAGCUCGUGUAUGCGGAGCCUGAAUCGAAUUCCCACGAAGGGCGAAGUGCAGUGGAUGAUAUGGGAGGUUGAUGACGAUCUGGACGGCAGCGUGAGCUGGGAGGAAUUUAAGGGUUGCUACGUUCGCACACUGUUGGAUUCGCACGGGCUUGAGCUCAACCAGCUCUACUAUCUUAUUCAGUUCCUCCUUUGUGACACGGACAGCAGUCAAACCGUCUCAGCGGACGAAAUCACGGCAGAGCUGCAGCGCAUUGGAGGCACAGAGCACCUCACUACAAAAUUGUGGUCUGUACUGGAGGGCGAGAAUGAGGAACAGCAGCUCCUGCGCAAACUGUCGCUGUCCGAAUUCUUGGACGCCAUGCUUGGCGACCUUCCUGCGUGCUUCAACUUGCACUGA